AUGGUAUUUGCAGUGAAGGAGAUCAAUGAAAAUCCUUCUAUCCUACCCAAUGUCACCUUGGGCUUCCACAUUUAUGACAGUCAUUUCAGUGCACAGAAGACCUACCAUGCCACAAUGCUACUACUUUGCAACCUAAAGAGCUUUAUUCCUAACUACAUCUGUGGUACUGAGAAUCCUCUGACAGCAGUGAUUGGGGGACUAGACUCCAUAACCUCCAUUGACAUUGCAACUAUCUUGGAUAUCUACAAGGUUCCACAGUUUGUCUAUGGCUCUGCUCCAAUCAUGAAUUAUAAAACCCCGGGCCUUUCCUUCUUCCAAAUGAGCCCUACAGAAAGACUUCAGUAUGAAGGGAUUGUGUCUUUGCUUCUCUACUUCACAUGGACAUGGAUCGGGGUUUUGGUGAUGGAAAAUGAUAAUGGAGAAAGAUUUUUAGAUGCAAUCAUACCAUUAUUUUUUGGUCAUGGCAUCUGCUUUGCAUUGAUAGAGAAAGUUGCCGUAAUAACAUCUUUCAAAGAACUUGCCAGAGCAUUCAACCAAGGUGCAGAAACCCAUGAUAAAAUCAUGGAUAGCAAUGCUAAUAUAAUGAUAUUUUAUGGAGAAUCUUAUUCCAUGAUGGUAUUGAGAUGGUUACCACAUCUGUCAAAAAAAGAAACAAUGAGUAAUAUCAUCAAAGGUAAAGUCUGGAUAUUUACAGCCCAGGUGGAAUUUACUUCACAGGUCUAUCAACGUGACUGGGAUGCCCAAAUGAUCCAUGGUGCUCUGUCCUUCACAAUCCAUGGUAAUAACCCACCAGGAUUCAAACCUUUUCUUUUAAAUAGAAAUCCCUCCACUACAGAAGAUGGUUUUAUCAAAGACUUCUGGCAGCAGGCCUUCAACUGUGUAUUCAAAACUUCAGAUAUGGAUGAGGAAAUUUUGAAUUCAUAUGAUGCUGCUAACUAUAUGACAUACCCUAGAAAUAUUGGAGAAAGAGGAUAUGGAAAAUCUGAAGAAAUACAUAAAGUAUUGGUGCCAAAAUAUUACCAAAAUAUUGUGGCCCUGGCAUUCACAGUCAAGGAGAUCAAUAAAAACCCUCAGAUCUUAUCCAAUGUCACUCUUGGCUUCCACAUCUAUGACAGUCACUUCAGCGCACAGAAAACAUACCAUGCCACAAUGUUACUGAUUUACAACCUGAAGACAUUUGUUCCCAACUACAUCUGUGGCAGCCAGAAUCAUCUGACUGCAGUGAUUGGGGGACUCGACUCCAAAACUUCCAUUGACAUUGCAAAUUUCUUGGAUAUCUAUAAGAUCCCACAGGUAAAGUGGACAUGGAUCGGGGUAUUUGUGAUGGCUAAUGAUAAUGGAGAAAGGUUUAUAGACAUGAUUGUUCCAAUAUUUUCCCAGCACAGUAUCUGCUUUUCAUUUAUAGAGAGAAUUGCAGAAUUAACUUCAGUCAAUGAAAUUUAUGACUUGUUCAACCAUGGUGCACAAAUACAUGACAAAAUUAUGGAUAGCAGUGCUAACGUUCUGAUAUUUUAUGGAGAAUCUGAUACCACGGUGAGGCUGAGAUGGUUACCAUAUUUAACAAAAAAAGGAAACAUAACUAAUAUGGUCAAAGGUAAAGUGUGGAUAUUUACAGCACAGGUAGAGCUCAACUCACAUGUAUAUCAAAGAGACUGGGAUACUGAAAUAAUCAAUGGUGCUCUGUCCUUCACUGUUCAUGCCAAUGACCCACCAGGUUUCCAAUCAUUUAUUGAAAGUAGAAAUCCUUCCAUGACAGAAGAUGGAUUUAUCAAGGACUACUGGCAGCAGUCCUUUGCCUGUGUAUUUAAAACUUCAAAUGUAGGUGAGGUAACUGGAGAUAUCUGCACAGGAGAAGAGAAACUAGAAAAUCUUCCUGUAACCUUUUUUGAAAAGAGGAUGACUGGUCACAGCUACAGUAUUUAUAAUUCUGUCUACGCAGUAGCCCAUGCAUUACAUGCCAUGAUUUCAUCCAGAUUUGUACAGAGAUCAGUGGCAAAUAAAGGGAGAUUGAAGCUUCAAAAUCAAGAUGCAUGGCAGUUGCACCGCCUCUUGAAAGGUCUCUCAUUUAAUAAUAGUGCCGGGGAUCAGGUUUCUAUUGACUACAAUGGAGAGUUACUAGCUGGAUAUGAUGUAUUGAAUUGGAUUGUUUCUUCUAACCAGUCCUUCAUGAGAGUUAAAGUUGGGAGGGUUAACCCUGCAGGUUCUUCAGACCAAAUAUUCACCAUAAUUGAAAAUGUCAUAACCUGGCACAGCUGGUUCAACCAGUCCCAGCCUGUUUCAGUAUGUGCUGGGAGUUGCUGGCCUGGUUCCAGGAAGAAAAUGAAGGAAGGGGAGCCCUUUUGCUGCUAUGACUGCAUCCCCUGCCCAGAAGAUGGUCUUCAAAUCAAGCCAGCAUGUUCUUUUUCAGAUACAAACGAUUGUUACUUGUGUCCAUACGGAACCUAUCCAAGCAAGAAUCAGGAUUUCUGUAUCCCUAAAACUCUCACCUUUUUGUCUUAUGAAGAACCUUUGGGGAUCAGUUCAGCCUUCUUUGUUCUUUUCUUUUCUUUGGUCUCAGUCAUGGUGCUUGGAAUAUUUGUCAAGAACCACAACACUCCUAUCAUCAUUGCCAAUAACCGAGACCUCACUUACAUUCUUCUCAUCUCCCUCCCUCUCUGCUUCCUUUCUGCAUUCCUGUUCAUUGGUCAUCCUGAGAAGGUGGUGUGUCUCCUGCAACAAACUACUUUUGGGGUGAUCUUUACAAUGUCUGUUUCUUCAGUGUUGGCAAAAACGAUCACCGUGGUUCUGGCUUUCAUGGCCACCAAGCCAGGAUCCAGGAUGAGAAUGUUUGUGGGAAAGAGAUUCUCCAACUCCAUGGUCAUUUCCUGCUCUCUUAUUCAGAUAGGGAUUUGCAUGACAUGGCUGACAACCUCUCCCCCCUUCCCAGAUACUGACAUGGAUUCAGCAGUUGAAGAAAUUGUCCUGCAGUGUAAUCAAGGCUCUGCAACUAUGUUCUACAGCGUCCUAAGCUAUUUGGGCUUCUUGGCCAUUAUUAGCUUCGUGGUUGCUUUCCUGGCCAGGAAAUUACCUGAGACUUUCAAUGAAUCCAAGUUCAUCACAUUCAGCAUGUUGGUCUUCUGCUGUGUUUGGCUCUCCUUUGUUCCAACCUACUUGAGCACCAAGGGGAAAUACACGGUGGCAGUGGAGAUAUUCUCCAUCUUGGCCUCUAGUGGCGGUUUGCUGGGCUGCAUCUUUCUUCCCAAAUGUUAUAUAAUUGUCUUGAGGCCUGACUUGAAUAAUAGGGAACACCUAAUGAAGAGAAAAAAGUGA